CCAUUUCGACAGAGCCGGCGUAGAGCUCAGGGCUGAAGGGUUUACCUGUAAUUAUAUACUGCUGCUUGAACUAACAGAUACAAUGUCUGACGUCGCUUUGUCUUUCGCCAAGGACUUCUUGGCUGGUGGUAUCGCCGCUGCCGUCUCUAAAACAGCUGUGGCACCAAUUGAGAGAGUCAAGCUGCUUCUGCAGGUGCAACAUGCAAGCAAACAGAUCACAGCUGACAAACAGUACAAAGGUAUUGUUGACUGCGUGGUCCGUAUCCCCAAAGAGCAGGGCUUCCUGUCCUUCUGGCGCGGAAACCUGGCCAAUGUCAUCCGGUACUUCCCCACUCAGGCCCUCAACUUUGCUUUCAAAGACAAGUACAAGAAGGUCUUCCUGGGCGGUGUUGACCAGCGCACCCAGUUCUGGAGGUACUUCGCUGGUAACCUGGCCUCCGGUGGUGCUGCUGGUGCCACUUCCCUGUGCUUCGUCUACCCACUCGACUUCGCCAGGACCCGUCUGGCCGCCGAUGUUGGCAAAGCCGGUGCCACCCGGGAAUUCAACGGUCUGGGCGACUGCUUGACGAAGGUCUUCAAGUCUGAUGGCCUCAAGGGGCUGUACCAGGGGUUCAACGUCUCCGUCCAGGGUAUCAUCAUCUACAGAGCGGCUUACUUUGGCGUCUACGACACGGCUAAAGGUAUGCUGCCAGAUCCCAAGAACGCUAGCAUUCUUGUAAGCUGGAUGAUCGCCCAGAGUGUGACCGCCGUUGCCGGUCUCGCCUCCUACCCCUUCGAUACCGUCCGUCGUCGUAUGAUGAUGCAGUCCGGACGUAAAGGAGCUGACAUUAUGUACAGCGGCACAAUUGACUGCUGGAGGAAGAUUCUUCGUGAUGAAGGUGGCAAAGCCUUCUUUAAGGGAGCCUGGUCCAACGUUCUCCGAGGCAUGGGUGGGGCCUUUGUGCUUGUCUUGUACGAUGAGCUGAAGAAGGUCAUCUAAGCUAACAGAUUUGUUGUGAAAUGGUGUGUUUAUAUGUAACAUAUCUCUGUACAUUUUGGAAGGACUGUCAUAAAUUCCGCCUUAUUUAUAGGGACCAGCUAGUUUCGUACUAGUUGAACUCUGGGAAACAAUCACUUGAUCUCUUUUUACUUUACACCACUUAUUUUUAUUUUUCAUUCAAUGUCAUUCCCAUUUAAAAUGCCCCGACCCCAAGAGCUCUACAAUUUUAUUCAGCCUGUCUGUUUUUAACCAUAACCUAAACAAAAAAUAAAACUCUUAAAUUAACUUAA